UUCCGGUAUCGGGAAAUUUUUGAGUGGGGAUCUAAUUAUAGAUAAUCAUUUCAUUCUUGAUUCUUAUACUUCACUGGCUUUACUGAGAGGGGAAACAGAACUUGCGACUAUAAUUAAAGAAUUAAACGAUUAA